GUCACAGUUCAACAUUCCAUCCCGCCUGCAACCGGCGAAGCACGAGGCACACCUUUCCAAGUUCGUCCAGAGAAAAAAAGCGAGAGUUACAAACAUGAAUCGUCCAAUAGUCUAUUUCGACAUCACUGCCGAUGGUGCACCGGUGGGCCGAAUCGUCAUGGAGCUCCGAGACGAUGUUGUCCCCAAGACAGCAGAAAACUUCCGCGCCCUGUGCACCGGGGAGAAGGGCUUCGGGUACAAGAACUCUUCCUUCCACCGGGUCAUCCCUGACUUCAUGUGCCAAGGGGGAGACUUCACCCGAGGGGACGGGACAGGAGGCAAGAGCAUCUACGGCAACAAGUUCCCGGAUGAGAACUUCCAGCUCAAGCACGAGGGUGAGGGUAUCCUGUCCAUGGCCAACGCAGGCCCGAACACCAACGGUUCACAAUUCUUUCUGUGCACUGUUAAGACAGCUUGGCUGGACGGCAAGCACGUGGUGUUUGGGAAGGUCGUGGAAGGCAUGGACGUGGUGAAGAAGGUCGAGACCUACGGCAGCAGUCCGUCAGGCAAGACUUCCAAGAAAAUCGUCAUCGCGGAUUCCGGGCAGCUGUGACGUGGUCGUCACUGGGGUUCCGUGAUCACAGAUUGAUCACAGAUUGAUUAAUCAUAGAUUAAUUGAUCAUAGAUUGAAUGAUCAUAGAUUGGUUGAUCAAAUCCCACAUGUCUCUGUUACCGUUCAUAUUGGUGUUGCAGGCAAACGAAUGAACGUGCAAUGGCUUAGAAGAAUUGAAUUAUUUGGCGGCUCAUCAAAAACUGCUGUAACGUAGUCUUUUGGGGUUCCGAUAAUCAUAAAACCUCUACCAGACUAACUACUCCAGAUAGCUAUAAGGAGGAUAAUUUGCCAGGGGAGUUUGACCACUGUAGGCUUUCUUUUUUUCUGAACCGUUAGGGGGAAUGUUAACCUUAGCAUGGACUCAUUCUCCUGGCCAACUAUUCCCUUUUGUCGGGUCUGGUGGAGGCUGAUAGAGCUAGCUCAAGUCCCACAUGCUGUUGCCAUUUUAUACUGGUGGUGUUGCAGGUAAACGUGCAAUGGCUUAGAAGAACAGAGUUAUUGAAAACCUUUGGUGGCUCAUCGCCGGUUUGAAUCUUGUCAAAGUUUUUCUAUACUACAUGUAUGUCAAAAUGUAGGAAGGUUUGUCUUUCGUCAAUGGUUGUCUGUGCUUGGUGUUACAUGCGUAUGAUUUCAUCAGCUAUAAAGACUUAAAUGUCAAGCGAAUUUUGGAUCUAAAUUAAGUCAAAGCAUCACGUAGACAAAUUUGUUACAUUUCAUCGAUGUUGUUUUCUUUUUUUGUAAUCAACACGAGUGAUGGUGAUACUUAGCCUCCCUUGCAGACCUUGGAUUUUGUCAACGUCUUUACAAACAAUAUGUAUCUUAAGAGAUAGAAAAGUUUAUUCCCCCUCAGACGCCUGCAAAAGAUACUUACAGCAUUUUCCCAAGAAUGACGUCAACAUCAGUACCGUAGUCAAAUCUGUCUAUAAGGUUUACAUUGUUACAAUUGGGUGCGUAUCAUAACAUCAGCUGCAGAAUUAAAGUUUUCUUUGGCUCGAUA